UAGCCUUUUUGUUAUGUGUUUAUACAAGGUAAAGACAUAUGACUGAUAGAUGGCAAACAACACUGAGUAAUUUUUGCCAUCAGAACGCGUUAUUUGUAGGUAAACAGCGGUAGCAUAAUCCAAAAUGUCUUUCAUCAGUAAAACAACCGUCCUCAAGAUGUUGUUUUCGCUUGUCUGUUUUUUACUGGUGCUAUCACGUCAAGAAACGGAUGCUAAGAAUUCUGAGGAUAUACGUUGUAAAUGCAUCUGUCCGCCCUACAAGGACAUAGACGGAAAAAUCUACAAUCAAAAUGUAUCGUUGAAGGACUGCAAUUGCCUCCAUGUUGUGGAACCCAUGCCUGUCGAGGGAAAGGAUGUGGAGGCCUACUGUCUACGUUGUGAAUGCAAAUAUGAGGAGAGAAGUUCCCAAACUAUCAAGGUCACUAUAAUCAUUUACCUGUCUAUUCUGGGCUUGUUGCUCUUGUACAUGGUCUAUCUGACUCUGCUCGAGCCAAUUUUGAAGAGACGACUGUUUGGACACUCCCAGCUGAUCCAGAGUGAUGAUGAUGUUGGGGAUCAGCAGCCCUUCGCUAAUGCCCAUGACGUGCUGUCUCGCUCACGGUCACGCUCCAACAUGUUGAACAAAGUGGAGCAUGCUCAGCAGAGGUGGAGAAGGCAAGUGCAGGAGCAGCGGAAGUCCGUGUUUGACCGGCACGUGGUGCUUAGCUAAUCCCAGCACCUCUGGACCCACAUACAUGAAAUCAGGAGCACUGUGAUGAGGGCUGGCUCUUCCAAUUGAUGUCUGAUCUAAACACUCCAUCCCUAAACAACUGCUUCAGUACCUGUCUCUGAAACUGCGUCAGCGUAUCGUUUUACAUGUUGGUAUCCUGGACGUGUUUUCAGGAUAACGGAUGGAAUUCUACCAGAUGCUUUUUUUUUUUUUUUUAAUUUUUACUUGGAAUCAGUUGUUGUGUAUUUUAAUUCACUGAGUAGGAAAUUAUCUUCCCGCAUGAGAUUAAACAGUUUGCAGUAAAUCAAAACGUUUACUCUUGAUCACAUUAAGUCGAACAUAGAUACCUUGAUGUGGAAAUAGAGGUGCCAAUGUCCUUGUAAAAUUAGUUGGAUCUUUCAUGUGUCCUGACAUAACCAGAUUGUUUUCUACAAUUUACAUUAUAAUAGGUGCCCUAAAACAUAACUUAAUCAUAACUUAACUUAAAUCAGAACUUCAUGUUAUGUAUUAAACUGUUAGUGCAUAAUAUGGAAAUACAUUGAAUAAUGGAUUGUACAGUGUAGUAUCUGAAGUGUAAUUCUCUUCAUUUUGUCCCAACCCCCUUUAUACUGUUAGAUGGUACUUCAGUGGCAGUUUUGUGUUCAGUAACCAAUACUCACGCUAAUAUGUGGAUGGUGACAUAUGUAUGAUUACAAUUAUCUGUCAUUGUCUUCUACAGAUAACUUCUUUGAUGUUUCAUACAGGCAGAAAUUAUUGUAUUUCCUGUGAUUCCUUCCACCUUGUGUCAGCUCGUGUUACUUUUUCAGAGCCCUGUGUCAGUCUUAUAAUGUACCAUGACAGAAAUCAUCUAGAUGACAUUUUCACCUCUUACUGAGAGUAAACCAACUUUCAUUUUCCUAAUCUAUUAAGAUUGCAUUUUCAUCCAAGUGAUUCUUGUGUCUGGGGUUUAACUGAUGGAUUAGAAAUUGAAUUUCAUGUUUUUGAUAUGAAAGCUUUGUUAUCUCUUGUCAAUCUGAUAUGUUCUAAUUUCCAAUACAACUGUGCUAUUUGUGCUUAA